UCUGAGGCGCGCGGCCUGGUGGGUGUGUAACGGCCGUUAGGCGAGCUGAGGAAGUGAACCGUCGCCCGCGGCCGACGUGGUGGCCGCAUUCGGCGUCCCUGGGUAAGGGAUUUCGCCGCCCGCUUUCGGCCCUAUUUGGCUCAAAUAACGGUGUUGAUGGCCAUGCAGGAGAAAUACCCAAGUGAGAGGAUUUCUCAUGCCACUUCACCAGGUUCCGGUGUAAUUCAAAAGGGUAGUUCCCUGGGAACUGAAUGGCAGACCCCAGUUAUCUCAGAGGCUUUUCGGAGUCGCUUCAGCCGCUGCUCAAGUGUAGCUGACAGUGGAGACACAGCCAUUGGCACAUCAUGCUCAGACAUUGCAGAGGAUUUUUGUAGCUCAAGUAGCAGCCCUUCUUUCCAGCCCAUCAAAAGCCACAUAACCAUUCCAACAGCCCAUGUGAUACCUUCCACUUUGGGGACCUCUCCUGUCAAGCCAAAUUCUAUACCUGCUGGACUCUCUUCCUCCAAACUCCCUUUGUCAGGGCUGGCUGAAAGUGUGGGGAUGACAAGAAAUGGAGACCUUGGUGCAAUGAAACGUUCUCCUGGCCUGUCUAGAGAUUUCACUUAUCUUUGUGGUGCUACUGCAGAAAAUGGAAUUGAGCAGUCCUGGUUUCCAACAGUGGGCCAUGAAAGAGAAGAAGAGGUGAGGAAGUUUGAUAUUCCCAAUAUGGAGUCUACCCUAAAUCAGUCAGCAAUGAUGGAGACACUUUAUUCUGAUCCCCACUACCAAGUCCACUUUCACAACCCAAGAGCUGACACGAACAAGGAGUUAUACAAAGUGUUGCCUGAGACCAAGAAGGCACCGGGCAGUGGGGUGGUAUGUGAGCGGAAUGGACCUCACCCUAAUAGCAGUGGAGUGCUCCCUUUGGGACUCCAACCUGCUCCUGGCUUCUCCAAGCCUCUACCCUCUCAGGUAUGGCAGCCGAACCCUGACCCUUGGCACCCACGUGAGCGAUCUUGUGAGCUCAGCACCUGUCGGCAGCAGCUGGAGAUGAUCCGUUUACAGAUGGAACAAAUGCAGCUUCAGAAUGGAGCCAUCUGCCACCAUCCUGCUGCUUUUGCUCCAUCAUUGCCCACAUUAGAACCAGCGCAGUGGAUCAGCAUCUUAAACAGUAAUGAACACCUUCUGAAAGAAAAGGAGCUCCUCAUUGACAAGCAGAGGAAACAUAUCUCUCAGCUGGAGCAGAAAGUACGAGAAAGUGAACUGCAAGUCCACAGUGCCCUUUUGGGCCGCCCUGCCCCCUUUGGGGAUGUCUGCUUGCUGAGGCUGCAGGAAUUGCAGCGAGAGAACACUUUCUUACGUGCACAAUUUGCACAGAAGACAGAAGCCCUGAACAAAGAAAAGAUCGAGCUUGAAAAGAAACUCUCUGCUUCAGAAGUUGAAAUUCAGCUCAUCAGAGAAUCACUCAAAGUGGCGUUGCAGAAGCACUCAGAGGAAGGGAAGAAACAGGAAGAAAGGGUAAAGGGUCGUGAUAAACAUAUCAAUAAUUUGAAAAAGAAAUGUCAGAAGGAAUCAGAACAGAACCGGGAGAAGCAGCAGCGUAUUGAGACCUUGGAACGCUACCUGGCUGACCUGCCCACCCUGGAAGACCAUCGGAAGCAGAGCCAGCAGCUUAAGGAUUCUGAGUUGAAGAGUACAGAGCUGCAGGAGAGAGUGACCGAGCUGGAGAGUUUGCUGGAGGAGACCCAGGCAGCCUGCAGAGAGAAGGAGGUUCAACUGGAAAGCCUAAGACAGAAAGGAGCAGAAUUCUCCACUAGACAUAGCCUGCAAGAUAAGCAGAGUGUGGAGGAGGCCAGUGGAGAAGGUCCAGCCCAACAGGGAGAAGGUCCAAAGGUGGAAAUGGAGUCCUGGCAGAAAGAAUGUGAUUCCCUUCGAAAGAUUGUGGAGAAGCAACAGCAGAAAAUGGAUCAGCUGCGUUUACAAGUACAGACCCUAGAGCAAGAAGUGGCUCAGGAAGAAGGAACAAGCCAGGCCCUGAAAGAGGAGGCCCAGCGGAGGGAGACAGCUCUGCAGCAGCUACGCACAGCGGUGAAGGAGCUUUCAGUGCAGAACCAGGACCUGAUUGAGAAGAAUCUGACACUCCAGGAACACCUGCGCCAGGCCCAACCAGGGUCCCCGUCUUCACCAGACACAGCCCAGCUGGCAUUUGAGCUGCACCACGAGUUGGCCAGUUGCCUUCAAGAUCUGCAGGCUGUCUGUAGCAUUGUGACCCAGAGGGCCCAGGGCCAUGACCCCAAUCUCUCCCUGCUCCUGGGCAUUCACUCUGCACAUCACCCGGGGACUCAGCUGGAUUUGCAGAAGCCGGAUGUGAUCAAGAAGAAACUAGAAGAGGUUCAACAGCUGCGCCGUGAUAUCGAGGACUUAAGGACCACCAUGUCAGACAGAUAUGCCCAGGAUAUGGGAGAAAACUGUGUUACACAGUGAAGAAUGCUGGGGGUGGCACACGCUCUGUUCCCCCAGGGAAGAUCUGGUCUGUUGAGCACCAGUCUGCCAGGUUCUGCCCUGACAAUCUCUUGCCUCCUGUCUGCUGCUAUUCCCAGAGAGAAGGGGUGGAGGGGGUUAAGAACCUGCGUCUGGGGCGGUGGGCUUAUUAAGGAACGGUGUGAACGGUGCCUACCCUGCCCCACACUGGCUUUGCAUUGUUGGAUUGCAUUUGUCCUGUCAUUGGAUUUACCCUUUGAGGGUGAGUUACUAAUUAACUGCAGGUUACCUGAUAAGUCCUCACAGACUGUUCCAGCCCCUGGCUGAUGUCAAAGUUAAACAGGCUGCUCAAUUCCCUUUUCCAUCCUCUGGGAUGGAUCCGUAUUCAUUCCCACUCCAUACCUUGGUCCCGCUGAUGGCAGAGUUCAGUAAAAGGGCCUGGAAAGUCUAAGUACCAGUCAUGAUGGCCAUGUGAGAAUUCUCAGGCCAGUAGGCCAGCCUGCCUGGGAUCUGAGCUGGCUUUCUUGGGUGUUCUUAGGCAUGGUCCCACUGCUGCUUCCUCAGGGCUCUUGUUCUCACAGACACCUCAGGGUGAUCUGUUUAUUAGCAAAGUACCCACUAGAAUUGGCCUAAGGAUUCUAUCCAGGUCUCCUCCAUCUGUGCUGUCAUGCCAUUUUGUAGGAUGCGCCACUCUCCAGCUGCCCUGUCCUUUGGGGGCCUGGCCAUGUGGUUAGCAUAGCUCCCUUCUCUUUUGUUCUCAGGCCAGUCAGGUAGCCCCCUUGCAAACUCUUCUUUAUGGUUCUAGAUUUGAGCAGGAUUUUCCCCUAGAAUACCACGGGGCAACUGUCAAAAGCUGCUUGCCUCCUCCUCCUCCUGGUGUCUAAGGGCUGGCGCCCAGCCCUGACUUGUGCCUCUCUUUUGUUUGUGGGCAGGGUCCUUUCCUUUUCUUGCUCUGCGGCUUCUUGAGAGUUCAGAGUACCCAGUAUAGUUUGGCUCUAAGGUAUAGCUUAUUUGCUGGGUUUUGUUUGGGGCCUUUGGACCCUCUGCUUUCCGGUUUCUCUUGCCUCCUCAUUUAGGGGGCAUCUCUCAACACAAUUGUUCAUAUCUGGUUGUUGGGCUGGCCCCAGACCUGCGCUAGAUCUGGAGCCAGGCCAGCCAGGGCCUUGGAAGGGUGUGCAGGAGCAGAGCAAUCCCAGAGCCAGCCACCAGGAGUUUGUUGGUAAGCCUUGAGCAGUUAGAGAAGCAUCCUGAACCUCACUCUUGGGUCUGAAUGAGACUCCUUAAGUGUUUUUACAGAUCUGUGUCUUAUUUAUGGAGUGAUGUAUCCCUUCCAUUCAGAACAGCCCCACCCAGCCGUCCUCCUCAGCCUCUGGGCUCCUUCCUGCCUCCUAAAAGCAGAGCUGCCUGGUUGGUCUCCACCCUGUUUUGGGAGCCCAGCCACCAUGCUCACGGGUAUUUUUCCUCAAAGUUUAUAAGCAGUUAUUUAUAUGAAUCCUUGUUAUGUCAACUCGUUUGUAUUGCCUAUUUUGAUUACAAAAUAAAAUAUUUAACAAACUCUUCAGUUUUCCAUCACCAUCACCACCAUCCCUUACUCCACCCUUCAUUUUGGCUUGUUGGGGCCAAGGGCUGGGUGUUCAGCCAAGUUCCCCAGAUGGCAGCAAGGAGGAACCUUUGGCAGGUCUAGUCUCACGGCUGUUUCUACCACUUCCGCUCCUCUGUUCUCUGUGGGGACAAAUAAGAGCUCUUCCCACACGACUUUCUAUUGGGUGAAGUUGCCCGAGUCAUUGAGCAAGUCUGUCAUUGGAAAGAGUUUCCGUAAUCAUCUGAGAGGAAGUCAGCUGCCUCUAGGUUGCUGUGAGGUGGCGGCUUCUCUGGAGCCAGGCAGGGCACUGUUUGCUUUAGGGCGCUGGGGUUAUCUUCCUGGGCUGCCAUUCAAGCCCUGGACCUGGGGAGGACUUGUGAGGGGAAUCCUGUCCCACCCCAGCCAGCCAGCCAAGCCUCCAGAUUUGGACUGGUUGCUAGAGUCUGCUCUGUCUGAACCCCUUCCCAUUUUUUCUGGGAGCAGGAGCAGCUUUAGAAUGCCAUCUGGAGUUGAGGUUGAGCUAGGGCCACCCUAAGAUCAUCUGUGGGUAUUUCACGAGGGUGGGCCAGGCUCUCAGGAGUGCUGGCCAGCCUCUGCCUCCACCCUUUCUAGAGCUAGCAGCCUCUUACCUUGGCCUCCAUCUGGUGCCUUGAGGGUGUGGCCCUGUCUCUGGCCACCACCCUUCCUUGUCUAAACCUGCCUGAGUAGAGAGGAACUUUGGGGGAAAUUUCCUGGGGGGGAGGGGAGGUGCUGUCCCUGUUUUGGUGUGCCACGGGGUUACCCAGGUGUGAGUGUCACCCUGGGGACUGUGGGAGGGGGUUCCUUAGAGUGAGGUCCCCUAGCCAAGGCACUGUACGUUCCAAAACGGCCCAAGCCUUCAAAACUCUGAGCUGGGCUGCGCUACCGUGGCACCAAGGGGUGGAUGGCUGGGUGCAGCUAGCUCGGGGGAGGCUGAGGAGGCGCCUUUGCACACCCUCACCCUCCCCUCCCUGGCCUUUCCGGCCACCCGGGCUACUCCCCAGCCUCACACUGAGCCCCAGAUCUGGGGAAAGCCGUAGGGGGGGCCUCGCUGAGCCCUGGGGUCCUUGGCAAGCCCGGCCACUGAAGGGGGAGGGGAGGGGGACAGCGGCGCGCAGGGCGGGGUCGCGCAGGCUCCGCCCCGGCCGCACGCCUACCCGUGCCGCCCAUUGGUCCCGAGAGCGGUGACUCGCGGGCUGAGCAGGAAGGAAACCGCUCCCGAGCGCCGCGGCGUCGUCUUUAGGCCGUGCAGCUCCCGCUACAGCCGUCCGUCCGCCUGUCGGCUUGCCCGUCCACCCGCAGCAUGAGCGGCCUUCGCGUCUACAGCACGUCGGUCACCGGCUCCCGCGAAGACUAUGAGCUCUUCGUGGAGGCUGUGGAACAAAACACACUGCAGGAGUUCCUGAAGCUGGCCUGAGCCCGCUGGACUCCCGUCACCACAUGCCCCCCAGCCACCGCCCGGCCAUGAAGGACCUUAUGACCAACUCCCUGUUAUCCUAAAACCUUCUGACCUUGGAAUCUUUCCCCCCAACCCAAGCCCCUUCUCCUCCCCUCCCUGUUCAAAGGCAACAUUCCUUACCCACUAGUUUCAGAAAUUGUCUUAAGCAACAGCCCAAGUGCUGGCUGUCCUCAGCCAGGCCCUGAGGCUGCCACCCUGCCUGGCCCUAGCUGAUGGGUGCCUUUGCUGGUUCCAUUAGCCAGGGCUCUGCCAAAGGCCCCGCAUUCCCUGUCCUGGGAGCACCCUAGAGACAAUUAAAUGUCCCAUUCCACUGACA